ACAUCUACUCAAAACAAAAAAAAUGUUGAAAACACAAUACGACAAAGAGUCAAAAUUAUGGAAAGGUCGCAAUACGCUUCCAUUGUACAAUCCAAAGGUGUCACUGGCUCAGGUGGUAUUGAAAUCUUGUUUGACAUUUGGACCAAAAAUUGCUCAGAUAAGCGAUGACUCUGGUAUUCAAUUGUCUUACGAUGAAAUUCGAAUGAAAACUAUUCGUGCCGCUCAAAACCUUCAAAAACGAGGCUUCAAUUCAAAACAAGUGGUAGGCAUUUUGGCAAAAAAUUCAUGUCAUCUGGCGCCGAUUGUAUUUGCUUCACUGGCCAUUGGCAGUGCCGUGAGCUCUCUCGAUCCAUCAUUUGGAAAAAUUGAACUUUUGCAUAUGUUAAAACUAAUUAAACCGGCUCUAAUAUUUUGCGACGUGGAAGCAUAUGAUCUAAUCAAAGAGUGCUUGGUUGAGCUUAAGAAUGAUGCACAGAUAUUUACAUUUGGUGGAACCAACGGUGAUUCGGCAGAAGUCGCGGAUCUAUUUGAAGAAACGCAUCAUGAAGCCGAUUUUGUACCAGUGGAGGUUGAUGGUGAAAAUGAAAUAGCCGCCAUUGUUUGUUCCAGUGGGACGACGGGGCUUCCAAAAGGUGUUUGUUUAUCACAUGCCGCAUUGCUCGAUGGAUGGAUAACACGCUUGGAAGCAUUUGCUUUCAAUGAUGUGCUCUUUGCAUUCACCUCAUUAUACUGGAUCACUGGUUGGAUGAUGCUGGUUGCUGGAACGAUUCACGGAGCCACUCGUAUUAUUACAAAAGAAUCAUACCAACCCGAAUUAUACCUUCGAAUUAUUGAGAAAUAUAAAGUGACCAUUGGUCUAAGUUCAUCGCAUCACUUAGCUUUGUUAUUAAAAAGUGAUCUUCUUUCUCGCACCAAUUUAUCAAGUCUUAAAAUUCAUUUAGUCGGAGGUGCAAAUUGUUCGUACAAUGUACAAAGGGAAAUCAAUGCCAAAUUGCCGAAUGGAAAAAUUUGGGCUGGAUAUGGAUUGUCAGAGGCGGCUGGUCCAAUGACCACUGAUGUCGGUGCAACCGGCUCAGUUGGUCAAUUGUUGAGUUCAUUUAGCAUUAAAAUCAUCGAUGAACAUGGCAACCGGUGUGGUGUCGGUGAAAAUGGAGAAAUUUGUUUUAAAACCAAUUACAAGUUUCUUGGCUACUAUGGUAGUGCCACAGAGGGAACACAAGACAAAGAUGGAUUUUUCCUAACCGGAGACAUUGGCCAUUUCGAUGGCAACGGACAUUUAUUUGUCGUUGAUCGUAAGAAAGACAUGAUCAAGUAUUGUGAUUUUCAAAUUUCACCCUCACAAAUUGAAACUUACUUGAUCGAAUUGCCGGAUUUAAACGCUGUGUGUGUUAUUGGAAUACCAGACAAAGUAGCAGGUACCGAUUUACCAGCCGCUUUCAUUGUACGGAACAAAGAUACGAAUAUGACCGAAAUAGAUAUUCAUAAUUUGAUUGCAGAUCACUUUGCGGACCACUGCAAACUGAGAGGAGGCGUUUAUUUUGUCGAUUCUCUUCCAAUGACUCCAUCGGGUAAAAUUUUACGCCGGAAAGUUAUGGAGUUAGCUACCAAGGUCAAACAAUAAUAAAUAUAUAGAAUUCUAACGUUGACGAUUCGAUGGGAAAAUUGAAAGAGAAAGGAGAGAAAAGGACAACCGACAUGUUACGAAAAUUUGGAAAUAAUUGUAAAUAAUAAAUGAAACGAAUGUGUUGUGAUUAAAAUGGUUGGAGAAUUGAAUACUUUUUAAGGGUUUUAUAGUGGAAGAAUGAAUGCGUUUGUAAUAGAAUAUAUCAAUAAUAAAAAUA